AUGGCCUCCAACAUUUCUCAGGCAGGCCAGGCCUGGCACUACGCUCUGAAGCUCCGCAAGCAUUUACUGAAGCAGCUCGAAAAACUGCAAGCCGAAAGCGCUUCCGGGAUCGACAUCUCGCAGUUCGAAGCCGUCGAUGGCCUCCUGGAGAAGUUCCGCCUCGCAUGUGUCCAGACCAUAUUUCUGGAUUUCAAAUACGCAGUCACGGAGAAUACUGAAGAUGCCCUUUGGGGUCUUCAUAUUUCGAUUAAUGCCGAGCAUCGACGAAACCUGGGCCGCCUCAAACACAGCUCCCACCCGGUCGAGCGUCGCAAGGCCGAGAAGAUGUACAACAACUUUCUACGCAUCGCCCAGAAAUUCUACAAAGGAUACAUCCAGCGCCUUUCGGCUCGCUACGAUGUACAGGAGCUCAGGAGAGUGGCCCAAGGAAUCGACGUUGAGCAGAUGGACGCCGAGGACACCAUCAGCCCCGUCCCUGGAAGCUUGAGCCGCAUGGUUCUCGAAUCCUGUCAUUCGACUCUUCUACAUCUCGGAGACUUGGCUCGAUACAGGAUUCAAGCCCGCCACAAGAACUCGGGCUUCGAGACGGCGCUGACCUACUAUGGCCUGGCCCGUCACCUCAUGCCAAACUCCGGAUUCGCAUUCCACCAGAUGGGCAUCGUCAACCUUGACCAAGCCAACCACCUCGACGUGGUUUAUCACUUCUACCGCGCCUGGGCUGUGGAGACUCCCCAUCCCAACGCCAAGUCAAAUUUGGAGUCCGAGUUCAAGUCGCUUAGGCUUCCUCAUGCCGUCAAAGCUCGAAACAACCCGCCAGCUCCUGCAGAUGUUUUCAGCACCUGGUUUGUCAAACUCCACGCCUUUUUCUACAAUGGCGAAGCCUUUUCUCAGCAAAAGGAACUCGAGGAAGAAGUCAUGCAUCGGCUGGAAAUGGCUUGCCGAGACGCGAGCUCUAGUGGCACUUUGCUCAAGAUGGCAUUGGUCAACAUGUCGGCGUACGACGUCGCGUCCAAAACGCUUACUGAAGAAAAGACGGAAUCUGCCUCGCGUUUCUGGCAGUUCACACUGCGGUUCAACGCCCUCUUCAUUCUGACUUUCUGCCGCGCUCUGCACUCGGAUCUUGAGGAAGCCGUCUCCAAUAGAACCGAGAGCUCCUCAGACCCCAAGGCCGUUGAGAUUUCGAGCACGGUCGGAGGCCUCCUGCCGACUCUGAGGAUUUAUUGCGUUUGGCUCGCUGCUUGCCGAGAGGAGCUCCUCCGACCAUCCAACGCAUUCGGUGCCACGGUCCCGACCAUGAUGUACCACAUUGUCAAGGUCUUCACACUUCUUUGUGCUGUGACCUACAACCAAGACAACCUAGCGUCGUGCCCAUAUUUGCUCGCCGAGGAUCUUGAAGUGCGCGGCAAUCGCUCUCUGACCGGAGAUCACAUCCCGAAGGCUUGCAGGGUUUCUUGCGACGAAAACGGCAACGCGAAGCCGUACCUCUAUGACCCGCAACGGAGCCUGGACUGCGAAAAAGAAAACCUGGCUAGGGUUCUGGACGUUCUGCGUUGCGCAUAUUUCCUUGCUGAGGAUUGCUCAACUCCAGUAUCUUGCCAGGUUGUGGAGAACUGGCUGGUAUUUGAGUACCAGCCAGAUGCAACGCCUAGCACAUCACAAGACAACGCAAAGGCCGUGGCGACCUCUGUCGAACAAGCUUCCGUGAAGCAGGUUGAGAAGCCUGCCGAACACACGCCGCCCCAAGAGGCACGAGACUUGGAAGAGCUGCAGGUGUCGAAGCUAAAUGACAUGGAUGUGCCCGAGCAGCAGGCAGAGACUUCAAGCGAGACUGACUGCCAGAUAUCCGAAGAGGAUCAAGCUGAGAAGACCGUCAUCGCCAUGCUGACGCCCUUUCUCAAGCCGCCUACACCCCAGCCCCAGCAACAUCACGUCCGUUCUCCCGACGAGUCGUCCUACUACGGAAUGGGCCACGCACCGGGCAUUGGAAUGUUUGGAUUGAUGUCCUACUCCAGCCCGACUGGCUCUAGCUUUUCCGGCCCGAUUGCACCCUUCCCCUGGGCCUGGGACAACACUCCCAAGCCUGAUAUUUCCCAGGACGCGGCUUAUACAGCCGGAAAAGAAGCAUUCAACAGAGUGAGCCGCAACAACUCGCCUCAGGAGCCAACCACUGCACGAAGCUCUCUCGAGGACCCCUUUGCGACUCCGGGACGAGGAGACGCCCUUCGAGGCUGUGCUCCCGUUUAUCCGGACCCUGCGAAACCUGGCAAUCCGGGCAGCGUGCCUGGUCCCGUAGCUGAACCAUUCCACCGGGGUCAUCUGCUGCAGUCCUUUGCGGGCAACGGUGCCCCGCGCACCUCGUCAUUUGGUCAGUGGGGGGAGACCGGUGGAGUGUCGUGGCCGAGCAAGGGCAUGGCCACGUCGCCUUGGACAUCGCGAGCCCUUGACCAGUUUCCAGCAUCAUCGGGUAUCUCUGGCUUCUCGCAUCCGAGUAGUCUUUAUAUGGGCACCCCGGCAGACGGCGUAGGUCUCGGCGUGUCUGGCGUUUCUGGUCAAGGGGACCUCGGGCGCAACCAGUUGCAGAGCCCUACGCACGGUGCCUCUGCGUCGUCCCCGACGCGCCGCAUGCACGUCGGCAACUCGGCAUCAAGGUAA